AUGACAGUAAAGGUCAAAAUUGAAUAUAAUGCCAUAAAUGAGCGCAACACCUUCUCAAAUGGGGAUAUUUUGACAGGCCGAGUUAUUCUGGAAGUAUCAAGGAAAACAGAAUUCAAAUCUCUCACCAUUAAGACAAAAGGAAAGGCGAAGGUGUUGUGGACUGAAUAUUGUCCUAUCCAGAAACGUACUCGCACAUUGUUUGAUGACGAAAAAUACUUCUCACUGGAGCAGUUUCUUCUUCGUGAGGAGACACAUAAAGGUAAUGUCCCUCUUGGACCUGGGAGACAUGUGUACCCUUUCACAUUUCAGAUUCCCUUCCAAGACAUGCCCCCCACCUACAAAGGUGAGCACGGGAAAGUCAGAUACACUCUUACUGCGAAGCUGAGCAGAUCACUGCAUCUACCAAGUAAAGAUAAGACAGAAUUCCACUUCAUCUCCCAGGCUGACAUGAACAAUCCUAGUCUCAUGGCACCACAGUCUCAAGUAACAGAAAAAGGCCUCACAUUUUUUGCCUCAGGAAACAUGUCCAUGGACAUUUCUACAGAGAGGACAGGUUAUAUGCAAGGUGAGGGUUUAGUAGUGAAGGGUGAAAUCGUCAAUAGCUCAACACGCAAGAUUGUACCAAAAUACAUCCUCUACCAAAAGCAGAGCUUCUUUGCCUUCGGCAAGAGACGAGUACACACCUACGAUGUCCUGAAGGAGAAAGGUGAGCCUUUACCCUCUUCCACAAGGCAGACUGUGUCCAAAGUGCUGACCAUACCCAGGGAGAUCACCCCAACCAUUCUCAACAGUCGCAUCCUGAAGGUGGAGUACAGGUUGAAGGUCAUUCUGGAUGUCUCUUUCAGCAAAGAUCCAGAGAUGAAACUGCCUAUCAUUAUUCUGCCAAGUAUCGGGGGAUCAACAGUGAAGGGGCUAGAGGUUGGGCAAGAGAAAUCUGGCUGGAACAUAUGA